UUCGAUGGCAGCCAAUUUGUAACCGAAAACGUUCCUUUUAUUACAUAAUAUUUUCGCGGAAUAACCGGCGAAAAGCCUGUAAAACUGUCAAAACUGACGGCGCGGGGUGAACGGCCCGGAUCGAGUCUCGUGGAAUCGAUUUCCGGCGGGUUUUCAGUAACGGCAGAAUGGCGUUGAGAUCGAUUUGCCGGCUGUCAAUUGAUUCGACCUUCAGGCAGUCGAGCCAUUUCGGAGCCACCGCCCGGCCGAGACGACCGUCCUUCGACACGCUCCUACGAAGUUUCGCCGCAGCAGCUAAGAAAAUGGCACUGCCACGCGUUUUCUUCGACAUGACCGCGGACGACAAGCCCGUAGGCCGCAUCGUGAUGGAGUUGAGGAAGGAUGUUGUUCCCAAAACGGCGGAGAACUUCCGUGCACUUUGUACUGGAGAGAAGGGCUUCGGAUAUAAGGGUAGCAGCUUCCACAGGGUGAUUCCGAAUUUUAUGUGUCAAGGUGGUGACUUUACCAACCACAAUGGCACUGGUGGAAAAUCCAUCUAUGGCGCCAGAUUCGAAGAUGAGAACUUUAAGUUGACUCAUACCGAACCUGGCAUAUUAUCUAUGGCAAAUGCUGGCCCCAACACUAAUGGCAGCCAGUUUUUCAUUACAAGUGCCAAGACUAGCUGGCUCGACGGCAAGCACGUCGUUUUCGGAAAAGUCAUCGAGGGAAUGGAUGUUGUUAGAAAAUUGGAGGCUAUGGGUUCCCAGAGCGGAAAAACAUCCAAAAAGAUCAUAAUAGCGGAUUGCGGAGAGUUGUAGAUCAACUAGAUACACUGUAAUGACUGCAUUUUUAUUUAGCUGUUGCAUACCUAUUUGCUGUCUUUAUUGUCCUACUUCAUCCAUUCCUAUCGACCAAGAUUCUCUCAUCGAUACUAAUAAUUUGUUAUAGCACAAAAAUUCAAAUUUGAUUAAUUCUGUAGAAACUAAAGAAAUUGUCUGCCAGAAUUGUAACCUUUUAAGUCAACUUACUUCUCUUGUUAUCAGAGGAUAAGUUUUAUUUGCAGUGUGGAUUUUUCUAAAUAGUGAAUUUGCCAAUUUUGAAAUCUUCUUUGCUUCGUUACAUAGUCAACACUGUGUUUUAUAAGAGAUAUGUGUUAGACUUUUGUGUGAAAUCCAUAUUCUUCCACAAACACACUCGCUUAGUAUCGCUGAGUGAUAUAGCGAAAAGACACACGCAACGAGCUCAAAUUUUUCAGUACCAUCCUAUAUUUUAGUGAGUGUUCAGAAUAUACGAGCAUCUUCAACAUUAGAAUAGGUAUUUCAGAGUUUAAAAAUCAAUCAUUGAUGUAUUGAUUCCAAUGUGUUAACUGAUGCAUUUCUCUUUAACAUUACAUAUUUUUUUGAUUUUACAUAUAAUACAUAUAUGUAUAUCACGAUUAGAGAAUCCUCAUUGUAUGUUUUUUAUAAAUGUAUACCAUUCCUAUUCUCACAAAAAAUAAAAACAGAUAAUCCAGUUUGUCUAUCGUAAAAGUGGGUAAUGCCUGAAAGCGAUACCAUCUUACUGUAAUACAACACCAAGUUGAAAAAUGUAGUUGCAACAGUUUGAACAGUUUCGAUUUCUUAAAAUAAAAUUGUUUUCAGAAAGAAAAAUAAGUUGUAUGUUAUUCAUGUUACGCAUUGUAAUUUUGUAAGCUGUAAGAUUAUCAAGUAAAUUAACUCAUACUCUCAAGCUA